AUGGCUCUUUCUUCGAGCACAACGGCGCAAGUCGUCGAUGCAAUGGCGACCGAGGUGCUUCCUCACACCAUCGUGAAUCCAUACCCAAACAAAGUCAUACAUGCCGACAUACGGAUACAAUCGAUUGACGACGACAAUUCGGGCCAGAAUGGUGCAGCAACGGAGAGCAGCGAGCCUGUGGUGGAGAGCAAGCCGAGCGCGGCAGACGCCGAUUACAAGGCGAAGACUGCUGAGAUGCAAGAAUGGUGGACCGAAGCCGUCGCAAGGAAUAUGGACCUGCCUGAGGGAUACCAAAAAGUUGCAGUCUUGAUCAUCAAGUGGGCAGAUGAGCUGGACGAGCUCAAGACUGGGGGCGAGGCCCAAGAGCUCAAGGCCCUCUUCCAGAACCGCUUCAACUACCACACCGACAUCGUCGCCCUGCAUGUCGGCACGAAACCCCAGCUCCAGCUCGAUUACCACGUCAGCGGCUUCAUUCGCGACCACGAUGGACCCGAGAAUCUGCUUAUUGUCUACUACACGGGACACGGCGUCUACAACGAGGACAGGAAGUGCUUGGAACUCACGGGUAGUCUCAGGAACAACCCUGUGUUAUAUGGCAGGGGACUUCGCAAGAAUGCUCGCGCAAGCUGGACCAAGGCAGAAGAUCAGCUGCGCCACGAAGAUGUAGAGAGCGAUGUCCUGACCAUCUUGGACACCUGCUACUCUAGCAACUUUGCCAAAUCCGGCAAGGAAGGCCAGAAAAAGUUCGAGCUUCUCAGCGCCUGUGCGAUUGAUCAAACCACCGAAGCGCCUGGCAAGAAUUCAUACACCCGUGCGCUCAUCGACGCCUUGAAAGAGCUCCAAGACCAGGAUCCCGAGGGACAAAUAUCAACCUUUCGUCUGUACCAACGUAUCAACAUGAAUCCGAGGCGCAAAGAUACACCCUCGCAGAUAUGGUCUCGUGGCAAGAGCACCCAGCAUAACGAUCAGCACAUCUUCCUGGCGCCUCUAAAGCCAACCCAAGUCAAUGCAUUCAACUGGCGACCUAAGCCUAGAAGCUAUCUGACGCUGCGUUUCGGUCUCCGAGAUCCUAUAUUGAACCAUGAGCAGAUUGACUUCAUGACCAAAACCCUGUCCAAGGCCUUCGGCAACAAGGCAAUGGUCGGCUUGAGAAGGGUUGAUUGGGAGGGUAUCGAGCCUGCUCCACCCACAUCGGACUUUGAACGCGUAGCAUCCACCAUGCGCGUCAUAGCGCAGUGGAAGAGAGUCGUUAUCAAGAAGAAGGAAUCUAGAGAGUCUCAGCAAACGUCCCAAGUUAAUUCGGUUAGCGAAUCGCAAAAGCGUACAAACGAGGACGCGGAUGACCUUCCAGAAGCCAAGCGUCGGUACCUGGAUACAUCGCACCCGCCUUCACCACCCGUCUCGGACUCUUCACGUCUCGACUAA